UAUACUUGCUUUAUUACUCGUAUUAGUCGUAUAUGAAUGAGAUCUCUUUUUGUAACAAUUUUAAGUACUUCCACUGAAACUGUAACCCCGAUUUACAUCUUACAGAUUCUUAUGUAGAUGCCAGAAGAGCCAGGACGUGCAAUCGUGGUUCUUGUUUUGUUACCUAUAAAAGAGAUGUCUGGACAGUUUGGGUCUUCGGUUGUCUGCGAAGUGCGAAGCAGUCCACAGUUGUAGUUCCGAUGAUUCUCGCGCAUUUUUGUAGUUUUGUCACAAGAAUCUGUGUUUUCUGCAAGCCAAGAUGGACUACCAGAAGCCUCAAAUAAAGACAGAAAGCAUCAGACUACGGAUUAAAGCUGAUGUCCCUGCUGAUUAUUUUCACCAACCGAUGGCUAUUGCGAGAGGACCGGAUGGCGUGGUUUACUUACGCAUUGGUGACGAUAUUUACGAAGGCCGUGCAGUUCUUGAGAACACCGAUGGUACCGCUGUUCACUUUGAUGUCGCAGAAAUUUCUAGUAAUGAAGCCGAAGGAGCUACCGCUUCCGGUCGUCUGGCAAAUUUCGCUGUCAGUGAUUUCGAGUAUCAGUUUUGCCACUUGGCCGAAUGUCCAGUCCCACACCAAAAGAGACCGAAGAGGCAGCAGUGAAAAUGGAGAUGGACAUAGAAUUUCCCGAUCUGAACUUUACUGAGACCGGCGCCAGCAGUGUAGCCGGGUUGAUUGGUCAGAACUUUACCGAUGCUGAGAAAGCCAAAGAUUUCCAGUGCCUUCCCUUAUCGACGGGAUAAAUAAUAGACAGGAAAUUUAUAAAGAAAACGUAUACAGUUGAAAUUUUGGAAACAUGCUGAUUUUGGACAGAUUGCUCUGUUUCCUUACAGUAUUGAAUCUUCUGGGAGUUGUGCAUACUUGUACAGGUGUUUUUUCAGUUUGGCCUAGAGCUUUCACACUAUGUAUGGCCUUAUGUGUCAUGUGGAUCUGUGAAUGACGUAUAGAAUCUUACCAAUAGUCAUUGGACUCAUUCCUAACAAUAAAGUAAAAACCAUACAGCCAUUUGGUUUUAUUGAUUUUU